UUUGCGUACUACGGUCACUCCUAACAGCUGCAACACGUGCGGUUUUAAAAUUGUUUUGGUCCCUUCACUUAAAUAAAACAUCGUUGGAAAUCAUUAACUAAACCUCACAACAAUGAAGAUCCGCAAGAAUCAUGCUCGCAAGCGUUACCGCUACAACGUAAACCGCAAGACGAUGAAUAAAACCCGGAGUUCCACCGGAAAAAUUAAGGACCCCAGAAUGAAGAAGAUGUGGAUGGAGGACCAGCGUGUGGGCACGAACUUCAGUGAAAUGGGAUUGGCCCAGGACGUCAACAAGGCCAUAGCGAUUCCCAGCUACAAGAAGGAUCGUCUCCUGGCGGCUCGAGUUGUGAAUGGGUUUCUGGAGGAGGAGCUGGACGAGGAUGAGCGCCGUGCACUUGGUCUCAAGAAACCAGUCGUGGAGGAGGGUCCAAAACGAGGAUACGUGGUCCAGGAACUAGAACAACUUGCUAGCGAGCGUGCCGACCCAGAAUUCAGAUUGCCCAAGGGCGUGGUCAAGGAACUGUCCUACUUCCUUAACAAGCAUAAGUUUAACUACAAGGCGAUGGUUGCGGACCGGAAAAACUUUGGCCAAUUGACGUGGCGGCAGUUUCGCUUGAAGAUUCGCAGGUUUAUGUCGAUUCCAGAGCAGUUCAACGUUUACCUGGAGCAGAAGAAGUUGCCCGUGGGCGUGAAACCGGACUGGGAGGAAUACGAGUCGGACAGUGAAUGGAAAUAAUGCACAUUAUAAUAGUUUUGGGGUUCUAAUGCUAUUACUUGUAAUGUUUAGACUUACUAUAAUUCUUUAAAUACAAUAAAAUAGGCAAGUAAAGACGAA